AUGGAGACAGAAGGCGAGCCAUCAUUCGCGGAAGGGGAAUCCGAAAGCGCCUUCAAGGUUAACCGAGACAGCGUUAUCAUCUCGCUAGCACAAUCGCAUAGAUCAGCGCGCAGCUCCAACGUAGUUUACCAGGAGCCUCUGGAAACAGAUCGCGGCGAAUACUAUGAAGAAUGGUUACAAAAAUGCGUAGCGUGGAUCGCUUAUUCCCAUGGUAUUAGACGUAUGGACUGCUACUCAUUGGAGUUGCUUGCCAAUUUUGUCUCACAAGAAAUACGACGGAUCGGUCGCAAGGCCGCUAUGCUUAGUCGUACACGAGGAUGUGAUAGUAGCAACUUCGUGGACCUUGUUAGUGCACUGGAGUCAAUGAACUCCGAUUUGUACAAUAUGAUAUUCAAGGAAAAGGUGGUUUCCGUCGCUAAACAGUUACCCAAACAGGUGGUUGCACUAUCCCACAGCUCACUGAUUCAACCGGCCGUACUCUCUCAGCCUAGCGCUUUAUAUUUCGAAUGCAUGGUAAAUGCAUCGUCACAUUUAUCGGAGAUCAACAACACCAAUGAGGCGACAGAGGGUUCCAAUUCUGGUGAAGGUUAUGCAGUAUACAAUAGUAUGUCGAAACCUACCCAAGUGGUCACAGCAUCCAAGGACGAUGGUGUUAUUGAUUUGGACUAUUUCCUUACUAGUGCAACGCGUGACACAUAUUCGCUUAAGUCGGAUGAGGCGUAUCAGAAAAUAGUUGCGGCCAGACCACCAUUCGCACAUAAGCAUUUUCCUCUGCUGCCAACCGCAUUCAAACUUAAUGAUUCGGAAACCAACGAAAUCUCAUACCAAGUGGAUUCUCAAGGAAACACAAAUGAAAGGCUUGCACGACAAAAUAUACUGCUUCAAAUGGAACUUCCACUGUUGCACAGGGUACAGGUACGUCCGGACCUACAAGAAAUGCGUGACGAAGCAGAGGCAGCAAAAUCUAAGGAGCCAGCUGCAAAUAACGUGUAG